AUGACGAGUAAUGAUAACUCUCCGUCUUAUACUGGACCAUUACAGAAUAUUGGUGACCUAUGGAACGUUUUCAGUCAAAAUACUGGAUUCCAUGGUGUUAAUAAACUAUCAGGAAACACGAGCAGAACGAAAAUAAGAAUGUUACUAUGGAUUUGUGUUAUUCUAUCGUGUGGUAUUUACCUUACAGUCACAGUUGUACAGGAGAUUAAACUUUACUAUAGUUAUCCAACAACAAUGACUCAGUAUACCAAACCACAAAAUGAAAUAGAGUUUCCAACAGUGACAGUUUGCAAUCUAAACUCACUAAAUAAAAGUGCGAUUAGCAAUGAUUCAAGAAUAGAAAAUUAUUACUCAAGCGUUAGUCUGGUUUCUGUGCACUUUCCGAGUAAACCUAUAAAUUGGAGCGAUCCCAUCUUUGAACAAGAGGGGUUUUACCUGAACCGAACAUUAGAAGAUGUAAUGAUAGAUCAGAAAAAAGUUCUUGAUCCAGGUGGGCUAUUGGUAUCUGCAAAUUUUGAUUUUAGCCCCUUAGAUGUCAAGAAAUACUUCCAAAUUAAACUUUAUCCAAACAGAGCAUGCUUCACAUCUAAUCCAAACAUGAAAAUAAAAUCGAAACAUGAAGGCUCAGAGUUUCAUAUGACCUUAAUGCUUGAUUUGGACACUGCAAAUAACUACUAUGGCACCACGUACGGCGAAGGACUUCAGUUCAUAGUUCACGAUGCGAAUGAAGAUCCUAUUCACCAAGGCAUAAAUGGUUUUUACGUUAGGCCAGGAAGAGACGUGUUUGCGUCAGUGCAUAAGAAAAGGUACGAGUAUUUGCCAAAGCCCUAUGAAGCAAUGGAGAAUAUGUACUGCAAAGAUCAAAAGAACGAUGAUGGUUCUAAAUAUUACAGAACCUGUGAAUACAUUAUACAAGGAUUAUUUAAAACAGUGAUACAAUACGUACAUUUCGUUGUAGAUGAAUAUUACUGCUCUAAGUUUGAAGUGGCUAACUGUACUACGAAAGCUAUAGGAGAUUUCUACAAACAAGCAAAGCUAGCUUGUGAUUGUCCAUUGCCGUGUACGUUUACACAGUAUGAAGUUUCUCUGACUUCAUCACUGUUCCCAUCAGACUUCUACAGUAAGAAGGCAUUUGAUGUCAGAGGGGAAGAACAUUUAGACUACUACAGGCAAAACUAUGUCAACCUUCAUAUUUAUUUUGACCAGCUGUCUACAACAAUUUCACAGCAGGUUCCAAAAUAUUCGUCGGCUGGUGAUAUAUUUGCUAACCUUGGUGGCCAGAUGGGAUUGUUUCUUGGAGCCAGCAUUGUAACGUUGACAGAACUUUGCGAGUUCCUGAUCUUUGCUUUCUUGACAUUCAUUAUCAAUGUUAUAAAAAGGGGACAAACUAAAGUGCAAACAAUUUCUAUUCAGCAAUAA